AUGAUCUAUUUGGACGACAUCCACCUCGUGUCUGCAAUCCGACUAUCCCCUCUCCCUGGCACUGAUAGUACUGAUCCUAAUGAUCAGGACUAUGUCCAAGAAGAAUCGGACUCCACAGAUUUUGUGCCAGAUUCAUCUGAUGAUGAGUCUGUGCAGACGGCAAACUGGCCCAUUGCCAGUGUGUAUUCUGAGCCCUCAGUUGCCAGUGUGUAUUCUGAGCCCUCAGUUGCCAGUGUGUAUUCUGAGUCCUCAGUUGCCAGUGUGUAUUCUGAGCCCUCAGUUGCCAGUGUGUAUUCUGAGCCCUCAGUUGCCAGUGUGUACUCUGAGUCCUCAGUUGCCAGUGUGUACUCUGAGCCCUCAGUUGCCUUUGCCAGUGUGUAUUCUGAGCCCUCAGUUGCCAGUGUGUACUCUGAGCCCUCAGUUGCUAGUGUGUACUCUGAGUCCUCAGUUGCUAGUGUGUACUCUGAGUCCUCAGUUGCCAGUGUGUACUCUGAGCCCUCAGUUGCUAGUGUGUACUCUGAGUCCUCAGUUGCCAUUGCCAGUGUGUACUCUGAGUCCUCAGUUGCCUGUGUGUACUCUGAGCCCUCAGUUGCCUGUGUGUACUCUGAGUCCUCAGUUGCCAGUGUGUACUCUGAGCCCUCAGUUGUCAGCGUGUACUCUGAGCCCUCAGUUGCCAGUGUGUACUCUGAGCCCUCAGUUGCCUGUGUGUACUCUGAGCCCUCAGUUGCCAUUGCCAGUGUGUACUCUGAGCCCUUAGUUGCCAGCGUGUACUCUGAGUCCUCAGUUGCCAGUGUGUACUCUGAGCCCUUAGUUGCCAGUGUGUACUCUGAGCCCUCAGUUGUCUGUGUGUACUCUGAGCCCUCAGUUGCCAUUGCCAGUGUGUACUCUGAGUCCUCAGUUGCCUGUGUGUACUCUGAGUCCUCAGUUGCCACUGUGUACUCUGAGUCCUCAGUUGCCUGUGUGUACUCUGAGUCCUCUGUUGCCAGUGUGUACUCUGAGUCCUCAGUUGCCUGUGUGUACUCUGAGUCCUCUGUUGCCAGUGUGUACUCUGAGUCCUCAGUUGCCUGUGUGUACUCUGAGUCCUCAGUUGCCACUGUGUACUCUGAGUCCUCAGUUGCCUGUCUGUACUCUGAGUCCUCAUUUGCCAGGGUGUACUCUGAGCCCUCAGUUGCCAGCGUGUACUCUGAGUCCUCAGUUGCCAGUGUGUAUUCUGAGUCCUCAGUUGCCAGUGUGUAUUCUGAGUCCUCAGUUGCCAGUGUGUAUUCUGAGUCCUCAGUUGCCAGUGUGUACUCUGAGUCCUCAGUUGCCAGUGUGUACACUGAGUCCUCAGUUGCCAGUGUGUAUUCUGAGUCCUCAGUUGCCAUUGCCAGUGUGUACUCUGAGUCCUCAGUUGCUAGUGUGUACUCUGAGUCCUCAGUUGCUAGUGUGUACUCUGAGUCCUCAGUUGCCUGUGUGUACUCUGAGUCCUCAGUUGCCAGGGUGUACUCUGAGCCCUCAGUUGCCAGCGUGUACUCUGAGUCCUCAGUUGCCAGUGUGUAUUCUGAGUCCUCAGUUGCCAGUGUGUAUUCUGAGUCCUCAGUUGCCAGUGUGUAUUCUGAGUCCUCAGUUGCCAGUGUGUACUCUGAGCCCUCAGUUGCCAGUGUGUACUCUGAGCCCUCAGUUGCUAGUGUGUACUCUGAGUCCUCAGUUGCCAGAUAUCAGCAUAUCAUCACCAUCACCAUCAUCAUCGUCGUCACCAUCAUCAUCGCCGUCACCAUCAUUUUCAUCCCCACCACCAUCAGCAUCAGCAUCGCCAUCGGUAUCGUUAUCACAGGUAUAUACGGUACUCCACAUAUAGAUAAACGAAGGGCAUCUAUUUGA